AGUGCGCAGGCGUGCCUGAGCUGGCGGCCCAAGCCUCAGGUCUUGUUUCUGACAGGUGCUCCCAGGAAUAGAGGUGCCAGCUACAGACCCCGGUCCCACUAGCGCCAUGGGCAGCAGCUGCCGCAUCGAAUGCAUAUUCUUCAGCGAGUUUCACCCUACGCUGGGACCCAAGAUCACCUAUCAGGUUCCUGAGGACUUCAUCUCCCGGGAGCUGUUUGACACUGUCCAGGUGUACAUCAUCACCAAGCCAGAGCUGCAGAACAAGCUCAUCACUGUCACAGCCAUGGAGAAGAAACUGAUAGGCUGCCCUGUGUGCAUUGAGCACAAGAAGUAUAGCCGCAAUGCCCUGCUGUUCAACUUAGGCUUCGUGUGUGAUGCCCAAGCCAAGACCUGUGCCCUUGAGCCCAUCGUCAAAAAGCUGGCUGGCUACCUGACCACCCUGGAGCUAGAGAGCAGCUUCGUGUCCACGGAGGAGAGCAAGCAGAAGUUGGUGCCCAUCAUGACCAUCCUGCUGGAGGAGCUAAAUGCCUCAGGCCGGUGCACUCUGCCUAUCGAUGAGUCCAACACCAUCCACUUGAAGGUGAUUGAGCAGCGGCCUGACCCUCCCGUGGCCCAGGAGUAUGAUGUGCCUGUCUUUACCAAAGACAAGGAGGAUUUCUUCAACUCACAGUGGGACCUCACCACACAGCAGAUCCUGCCCUACAUUGACGGUUUCCGCCACGUCCAGAAGAUCUCAGCUGAGGCAGACGUGGAGCUCAACUUGGUGCGCAUUGCCAUCCAGAACCUGCUGUACUAUGGCGUUGUGACACUGGUGUCCAUCCUCCAGUACUCCAAUGUGUACUGCCCGACACCUAAAGUCCAGGACCUGGUAGACGACAAGUCCCUGCAGGAGGCGUGUCUAUCUUACGUGACCAAGCAAGGGCACAAGAGGGCCAGUCUCCGGGAUGUAUUCCAGUUGUACUGCAGCCUGAGCCCGGGCACUACUGUGAGAGAUCUCAUUGGCCGCCACCCGCAACAGCUGCAGCACGUUGAUGAACGGAAGCUGAUCCAGUUUGGGCUUAUGAAGAACCUCAUCCGGCGACUACAGAAGUAUCCUGUGCGGGUGUCUCGGGAUGAGCGGAGCCACCCUGCCAGGCUUUACACAGGCUGCCACAGCUAUGAUGAGAUCUGUUGCAAGACAGGCAUGAGCUACCAGGAGCUAGAUGAACGGCUGGAAAAUGACCCCAACAUCAUCAUCUGCUGGAAGUGAGGCUGGUGGCGGCUGGACAAGGCAUGCAGCUAUGGCUACUCUCUUCUGCUAAGCCCUGCCUGGUGCAUGAGGACUAGACCAGAAAACUAGUCCAUACUGUCCUAAGGUUGACCCUCAUUUCUGUAAAUAAAGUCAUCCAUUUCAACCUA